AGAAAGAAGAACCCCUUCAGAAGCUCUUCUCUCUGAACGUCUUUCUCAGCGUCCUUCCCUGCACUGUGGAAGGGCUGCUGGCAGAUUCAUGUUGUACAUCCAAAGUGCGGUUUGGCUUGGAUAGAAAGGAGCCACGAGGCGGCAUUUCCAACUCAAACACCCAAUCAGAAAUGAGGCCUGUCCUGUUAGCACAGCCUGUUAGUAGGGGCACGGGAACAGAGCCGUGCUGCCAGUCGGGCUUCAGCCGUGCUGUUCUGCAGAGACGUGACCCUUUCAGCCAGAUGGAAUCGGCUUUAGAACAUCGAACACACAAGUUUGUCUGAGCCCCAAAACACGGCUCAUUCGUUCGCUCUGAUUUGUCCAACUAAUAUUAACUGUUGCCCCGCUUCUGCCAACUCUCUGUGUUUUGUUUUUUUUCCCCUCCCCUGAUAGAUGCAAGGGCCCUGCCAGGCGGGAGACCGACACCAUGGACACAUUUGUGGAUUCGGCCUGGUAUUAUUUCAGAUACACAGACCCUCACAACAGGGACAGACCGUUUGAGCCUCAGCUAGCCGAUCACUGGCUUCCAGUGGACAUAUACAUCGGCGGGAAGGAACACGCCGUCAUGCACCUGUAUUACGCCCGCUUCCUCUGCCAUUUCUGCAGGGAUCAAGGCCUUGUGACUCACAGGGAGCCGUUUUCAAAACUUCUGGUACAAGGUCUGAUCAAAGGUCAGACAUUUAAGCUGGCAGGCAGCGGGCAGUAUUUGAAGAAAGAGGAAAUCGAGUUCACAGGGAACGGGCCGGUGACUCUGAGCGGUGGCAGAGUUGAGGUGACCUUUGAGAAGAUGAGCAAGUCCAAACACAACGGACUGGACCCUCAGGAGGUGGUGCAGCAGUACGGUCUGGACACCGUCCGUCUCUACAUCCUUUACGCUGCGCCUCCCGAACAAGACAUCCUCUGGAACGUCAAGAAUGAUACACUUCCAGGGGUUCUACGUUGGCAGACUCGACUUUGGCAGCUUGUGACAAAGCUAAGAGGAGCUCGACAACUCGGUGAAGUCCCGAACGGCUCCCUGCUGAAAAAGAAAGAGCUUGAAGAGGUCAAGAAGAUCUGGGGAAACAAGAACUAUGCAGUUCAAGAGGUGACGGCAUACUUCACUAAAGACUUUCUGUUCAACGCAGCCCUCUCUCGCCUAAUGGGCCUUACCAACACAUUGAGUAGUGCAACAGUUCGAGUCCUGCAGCACAGUGUGGAGUUUGAGGAAGCUCUGGCUGCCCUUGUUAUAAUGACGGCACCCAUGGCUCCUCACUUGGCCUCUGAGCUUUGGGCAGGUCUUUGCACAGUGACGAACCCCCAGAGUCCCCUGCUGCUGCGGGGAGGCGAUGUCUUGCAGCAGCCCUGGCCAAACGUGGACCCCGAGUAUCUGAAGGCCCCUGAAUUUGUGGAGCUGUCUGUGCUGAUAAACAACAAGCGCUGUGGCACGGUGACCAUCCCUCUGCAGGUGUCCAAAGAUCCCGCCCGGGUCCAGCAGCUGGUGAUGGAGAGCCCCAUCGGACAGAAGUAUCUGAGUGAGCGUGACAUCAAGAAAGCCAUCCUCUCUACCAGGACUCCCCUCAUCAACUUCCUGGUUAAUGAAUGAUGUAUGGGUGUUUACCAGAUUGUGUGCAGCACCUGGCGGGCGGUGCCUUCCUGCUGCACCCACAGACUGACAAAUAAUGUUGAUAUUUUGAUAUUAUAUGAGAGAGAAGGUAUGUUGGUCUGUUAAAAGUAUCAAGGUAAAUGUCCUCCAAGAGCAUUUUAUUUAUAUUUUACAGUUUUUAAUAAAACAUUCAACAAACA